AUGUUAUAUGGUAUAAUAUUGGAUAGUGCGCGUGAUUUUAUUAUUCUUUCAUAUGGAUUAAACAUAUGGAGACGUGUUGUACAUGACUUAAAAUUACCAUCGGACACGUUUGAUCUGUUUACACAUUAUAGUGAAAAUAUUAUAUUGCAUAUAAGUGAUUGUUUAGCUGAUAUUUUACAUGAAGGAACACGAGAUACAUAUUUAGAAUAUUUUGGUCAAGAUUUCUUUCGAUAUUUUAAUAAUUUCGGUUACCAUAAAUUAUUUCGAAUUGCUGCAAGAAAUUUUCGUGAUUUUCUUUUUGUUAUCGAUCAAUUACAUGAUUCAAAUCGAUUUACAUUUCCACAAAUGCGUAGUCCAUUAUUUCAUGUUACGGAAGAAGAUGACACAGGUAUAACACUUGAAUAUAAAAGUGUACGACAAGGUUUUACUCAUUAUGCUAUAGGUAGUCUUUUAGGUGCAGCAAAGACAUUAUUCAAAGAAACUAAUUUACGAUUAUAUAUUCGUAAUGAUUUGUCGACAAGUGAUUACACUCAUAUUGUCCUAUGGAUUCAAUUUGAUAAUAGAACAUAUCAAUCACAGAAUCUACGGAAUUCUUCAUGCUUACCUAAUAUAACUGGUUUAACAUUUUUCAAAGUAUUUCCAUUUUCAAUUGUUAUGGAUUCUUCAAUUAAUAUUCGUUAUAUGGGUGGUAAUAUAAAAAAAGUUUUUCCAACGACUACUAUCAUCAUAGGAAGGCCACUUAAUGAAGUCUUUCGACUUAUUCGACCUGAUAUUCAUGUCGAAUGGGAUAAAAUUCUUUCUUAUGGUCAACAUAUUGUAUUUUUGAUGGAGAAUCGCUUACCAUUACGAUCUGGACCAUCAGGCAGAAUCCGAUUAAAAGGUCAAAUGAAAUAUAUAAAAAAUAAAAAUAUGUUAUGGUUUCUAUGUCAUCCUGUUUUAGGAAGUGCAGAUGAUAUGGUAUCAGCUGGUUUACAUUUAACUGAUUUAAAUUUAUUUGAUGGUACCAGUGAAUUAUUAGUAACUCGAAUGCAUCAAACAAGAGAAAUGGAAAAUAUUGUUGAGAAAGAAAAAUUAUGUGCAGCACAAUUAGAAUAUGUAAGAACUCAGUUCCUUCAAUAUCGUAAACAAAACCAGAAUCUACUCUGUACAAUUAUGCCAAAACAUAUUGCGUCUAUGAUACAAUCGGGUAUUCCAACUUUUAGUCUUUGUGAAAGUUAUCCACUUGUUACAAUAAUGUUUGUAAGUAUAAUGGAUUUGAAAAUUUCAACUGCUUAUCUUAAACCUACUCAAAUAAUCGAAAUACUUGAUCAAACAAUUAACGUAUUUGAUGAUAUUACGGAGAAAUAUGAUGUGUUGAAAGUAAAAACAAAAUCGGAUCCAAGUUACAUGUUUGCUGCUGGUUUACAUGAACGAUCAAAUAUUAGUCCAAGAGAUUUUGGGUUAUUAAUGUCAUUUGCAUUACCUAUCAAUGAUGAAGAAAAGACUGAGAAAAAUCUACUUGGACUCAAUUCAACUGAAAUUAUUGCUUAUUUAUCGUUUGAAUUAUUACGAGCUAAUAAAGAUCUUAUUAAUCCUAUGACACGUAAACCAUUUGGUAUUAAAAUUGGUUUUCAUACUGGUGCAGCAAUUGGCGGCAUUAUAGGUGAUCAAAAUCUGCAAUACUGUUUAUUUGGUGAUUCAGUAACUAUAGCAAGACAGAUAAUGACUGCGGGGGAAACUGAUCGAAUACAUAUAAGUCAAACAGCAUAUCGUAAUUUAGUAACAAAUAAUCGUUUUGCAAUAGAAUAUCGUGGUCAAUCUGAUAUAAAAGACAGAAAUAUGAGUGGAACAUAUUGGCUUACAGGCAUAAAUAAAAAUUCUUCUACGACUGGAAUCAAUACGACUAAAAAAUUAUUACGAUGUCCAUAUAGUGGCAGUCUAUUAUAA